AUGGUGGUCUUUGAUGGUCUAGUCAGAUAUAGCACGGUUGAUCCAGAGAAUGCCAUCAGAGAAAGAAUCACCGCAAAGUUAAGAGAGCGAAGGGUUUCACAUAUUGAUUUGUCACAAUGUGAUAAAAAUGAUUUUGAAUUUGUGAAAGUGGUUAACAAAAAAGUUCGUGUUCCAGAUGGAGAUGAGAUGUUCGAUGCUCGUACUUUGGGAGGUAUUUACAAACAUGGAGCAUUGUAUGUUAGGAUGACAAAAGAUUUUUCUUCUACUGUCAAAGAGGUAAGAUAUGUUUGCAUGACCUAUAUGUUUUACUGUAGAAUUAAUUGGUUCCACAUCGUACCUUUACCAAGUUACAAGCUUAGGCAUCUGUUAACAGAAGUUUGUUGAGAAGUUGCUUCAUAUUUCUGUUUUUACUACUAGCAUUUUCAGUCUAAAUACCAUACUAGCAAGUCCUACAUUGAAUCAUUGCCAUUUGUGUGACAAAAUAGCAAAUUAUCUGAUCCCAUAGCGCAUGGACUGCUUUCUUAUUGCUCAUAGUCUUCAUUAGCAUACAUGAUAAUAAAGUCAGACUGGCUUUGCACAGCCCAAGAUAUACAUGUAAACUUCGUUUCAUGGUGAGUGGAAACCAUGCAUUAUAAUAACCAAGUUAGACACAACAGUAAGUUUAGUUUACAUAAUUUACAUUUUUUGUCUUCUAUAACCUGCACUAAAUGAAUCUUGGAAUUGUGGUAGGCAUGACAGGACAGAAAUACGACAGGGCAGCUCUUUUCAUGAUUUAAAGAUUUAACUUGAAGUGAUUUUCCAAACUUUGAAGCAUAUCAUUUGUCUCUAUUGUUAUCCUAACUAGUGAAAAAAAUUCUGUUGAAUUGAAUUAAAGCUGCUUGGACAUAUUCAUGAAAAUGUCAGAUUUUUUGCUGAUCAAAAUAGCACCUCCCCCAAAGUACGAGGCCUUAUUUCUCAAAGUCGCAUUCAUUAAAAAAAAGUCAUUUAAUAUUUUGUUCUUUGGCCCCAAAAGAGCAUAUUUACAAAAUUUUGAGCUUAUAUAUGCAAAGGUGUCCUUAUUUGGAGAGGCAAAACAUUUUCUGUCCUGUCUGUAGGUCUUACAUUUUUGCAUCCACAGAAAUAAGGAAGUACACAACAAAGGCAAUUUUAGCUUGUCCCUGUUUAACCAUAGUUAAUACUGGGAGUUCAUGCCAUAAUGCAAACUGUUCUUUAAUCAUGCAGGAAGAUGAGUUAAUCCAUGUAAGUGACAAUGAAAGUGUCAUUGGAGAUGGAGACUUGAUGAAAUCAGCUUUUGCCCCAAAUUCAAGCUGUGGUACUGAACAACCUAGUUGCAGUGCAAGCUCUGCAAGUUCUUCAGGUGUUGGGUUGAUUGACAGGCUGAAGGAAAUGUUUCCAGAUGUCGAAAACUCCAUUUUAACUAGUGUUUCCCAGGAACCAUCUUCACUUGAUGAGGCAGUUGAAGAAAUUUUGGGAGCACAAAGAGCACAAAGAAGUGCCUACCAAGUUGACGUAAACAAACAAGAAACAGAAGGUAAGAUAGGAUCUUACAUAGAAAUACAGUCCUGUGUGAGAUCCUUAAGUACUCCUAUGUAAUUAGAUCCUAAUUAUAAAGGAUCCUGUUCUCAUGAUCUUUUUUAGGAUCUUAUUCCUAAACAGGAUCCAACUGGGUCCUUGGUGUAGAAUUUGAACAGGUAUAGGAACUCUGCUGAUUGUCAAUGACUGGUGCCAGGAAGGCCGAUCACGUCAAAUUGAUUUUGAAGUGCUUGCACUUGCUACCAAUUAAAUUUCUAUGUGUAAACUACACUUUACAGUAAGAUUCUUCCAUAGAGUUACAUAGUGCUCAAUUCUUUAUUUCCAGAAUACAGAAUGGAACUGCUUGUUCAAUAUAAACCUCUAUAUUCUGAGAUGAUGAUGAUAUAUAUGAUGAUUUUCAUUGUCUUUUGGCUGAUAUCCAUAAAUUAUGAUAUCAUAUGUUUUAUAGUCAAGAGUACUACACUUACUAGUAGAGAAAUUGGUGACGCAUUUUUUGACUUUUUACAACACUAUAAUGUUUCAGAGAACAAUACAUUCUCGGAAAUACAUGAGAAGCUUAGGAGGCAAGUCAAUGGCAAGAUAGUCAGGCUGACAGUCACUGAGGAAACAGCUGUUGAAGAUGCUUUGGCCUACUAUAAACACCCUGAUUUUGAUGCAAGGUGCCCAAUACGAAUCACAUUUGAGAAGCAGCCAGCAGUAGAUACAGGUGGCCCAAGAAGACAAUUUUAUUCCAUGGUAUUUAGUGCUCUGGAAGAUUCCCAGCAAUACAAGCUGUUUGAGGGACCACCAGGGCGACUAAUGCCAGUGUAUUCCGCAAGUCAUGUUUUUUCAGGGCUGAUGAAAAUACUUGGCAAGAUGUUGGCACACUCUAUAGUUCAGUGUGGGGUGGGCAUGCUAGUAUUUUCGCCAGUAUUGUACUGGUAUAUCAUUACAGAUGAUGUGUCAAGGUCAUUAUCAUAUCCAAACCCAGAGGACAUCAGGGAUCGAGGUGCACUAAGCGUAAUUGACAAGGUUUGUCAUUAA